CAUAAUUAUAUAAUGGAAGAGAAAGUUCAAAAAUAAUAUAUAGAGUGUGUAAGAAAGUUACAAAGAUUUACGCAAAGUAGUGUGCAUGUACUAAAUUAGACUAUCCUGAUAGAGUGCCAGGGAAGGUGUUAUAAAAAUUGCAGAUCUUACAAGCAUCAAUAGAUAAUCAUAAAAUGGGGAAAGCUGAGUUGUUAUCGGAAGAAGAGAUAUAAUAAUUAAUUAGUCCUCCAAUACCUGUGAAAUUUCGAAUGUAUAUUGAGAUAGUGAGUUCGUUUAUAUAUUUUGAAGAUGAAGUAUAAGGACGUCUAGAGAUGAAAAAAAAAUCAGGUUGGUUUUGGAAUAAUAAAAUAUUAAAGUUGAAUAUGAUGGAUCGUAAAUUGAGUAUAUCUCGUAAUGAUCCUAAGAAAAGAGAUAAAUAAUUAUUACUUUCAGAUUAUUCAUUAAAAUGGUAUAAUAAUUCAUAGAUUAAUUAAGGUGUGAAGCAAUGAAGAAUAAAUAUUGUUUUUAAGUAUGUGGAAAAGAGACAUUUCUAUUUGGUUGUGAAGAUUUCUAAUAGGCAGAGAGAUGGUUUAAUUAUUUAAGGUAAUGCUGUGCUUUUAUUGAUGAUGACUUAUUAAAAAAGAUGAAGUAUGAUAAUAAUAUUAUUAUUAAUAAAAAGACAAUAGAAAAUAUUUUAACGUUAAUCAGAGGAUUUGAGUAAUUCAUAAAAUGUAUAUCCUCAGAAGAGAUCUGAAAUAAUAUAAUCUAAGCAAUAAAAUGUGAUCGAGGGAACAAUAAAGACACAUCAUAAGACUUAAUCAUAAGUGGCUAAAAAGGUUAAUGAGAAUACUUAUAAACAUUCAAAUGAUUAGAAACAAUAAGUAAUAGAGAAAGAAUAGCAAGUUUCUAUAAUAUCUGUAUAAAAUGUAAAAGAAGACAUACCAAAAAUAUCAUAAAAGAUAUCAAAUGUUCCAGCACUUUUGAAAGAUGUAAUACUUAAAAAAGAAUUAUUUUUACUUGAUAGAUUAAUGGAUGAUUCAGAAUAUCAAUUAAUAAGUUUUAAAAAUAAAUUAAGGUAUGCUUUAAUGUUGUAUUAUGAGUAGAUUGUUGUAACAUAAAACAUAAUAAGACAAAAUAAAGGGAAUUGUGAACAUAAAUAGUGAUAACAUAGUUUCAAUAGUUUCAGCUUUAGUGUGUCCAGAUGUAAUGAAGUAAUGGAAUACAUAAAUAGAUUAGACAAUAAUUUUAGAUAUAAUGCCAAAUAGUAAUUCAAUGAUAAUUUCUGAGAUGAGAAAGAAAUAUGGUUUAUUGUAUUUGAAACGUUCUUAUACAUAUUUAAGAUAUGUUUUUAAAGACUAAGAUAACUUUUUUAUAGUAGAUAAGAGUUUAUCAUAUUAAAAUAAUCAAUAAUAGAAUGGUUAUCAAUUUGAGGGAUAAAUACAAUUAAGUAUAAUAGCUGUAAUUGCAUAAUAAUAACAAUAAAUAAUGAUUAUAUGGGAAACAGAGACUAGAAAUGGAGGUUAUGCAAAUGAUGCCUAAUUAUCAUUACAUUAUGUUUCUGAAUUAUAGAAUUUAGAUAGUUAUUUAAUUCAGAAAUAAUUUAAGAUUCCAACACCAUCAAUAGUAGAAGAGGCAAUAAAAGAACCAAUUAAUGUCUAAAAUAUAGAAUAAUAAUAAGUCCAAAGAGUAAUAGAAGUUUAGAUGGAUUCAUCUUUAUCUGAUGUGGAUUGUAAAUAGUUUAAAUCCGAAAUAGUACUUGAUGAAGAACUGGAGUAAAUAGAUAAAAAUGAUUAUUUAUAAUUAUUAGAAUUAGCAACUAAAAAUAUUGGAGCAAUCUAUUGGUCAGCCAUACAUUAAUAUAGAUUAAUACCAAUGGAACCAGAUAAUAUAUAUUAUAAAGAGACUGCAGAACAUAAAAAUGUCAUAUUAUAGAGUGAUUGGGAAAUAUAAGAAAAAGGUGGUUUAAGAUUUAUAAAUAAAAAGAAAUUAGAUAUUUAAAAAGAAGUUAUAACAUUUAUGUUAAAAAAACUAGGAUCUAAUUUAUUAAUGGGUAAAUCUUUAAUUAGUGUUUCAUUACCUGUAAAUAUUUUUGAAAAAAGAUCAAAUUUAGAGAGAGCUUGUUAUAGUUUAGGAUACUUAUGGUUAUUAGAGAGAGCAGGAGAAUUAUCAGAUCCACUUGAAUAAAUAAAAUUAGUGGCACAAUUUUCACUUGCUUAUAAUAUAAUGUUUUUAAAUUUGGAAAAGCCUUUCAAUCCAAUUUUAGGAGAAACAUUUUAAGGAUAUAUGAAUGGCAAUCUAUUAUAUUGUGAGUAGAUAUCUCAUCAUCCACCUGUAUUAGGAUUAUAUGUAAUUGGUAGAAACUUUAAAUUAACUGGUCAUUUAGAAUCUUAAGCUAAUUUUAGUGCUAAUUCAAUUACUGGAUAAAAUUAUGGAUAUUUAUAAGUUACAUUCCCUAAUAAAACAUCUAUAAUAUUUAAUAUAAUUCCUGGAGUUAUCUAAGGUAUGACUAUUGGACAUAGAUAAUUUUAUUGUAAUGGAAUAGGCUGGUUAGUUGAUUUGGAUAAUAAAUUAUUCUGUGAUAUUGUAAUUACACCCUUCCCUGGAAUGUUUAGUAAAAAGAAUACACCUUAAGAUUAUAUGGAAGGAUACAUUAUUAAAGGUUCUCUUAAAGAUGUUAAUAAAUUUUAUUAAGAAACAUAUCGUAAAUAUUAAGGAAUUAAAUCUUUACCUUCAUAAGAUAAACUAUCUAAUAUUAGUGGCAGAUGGACUUAUGGAAUGUUUAUAGAUGGAGUCGAGGUAUUGAAUUGGUUUAAACAUUUCCCUUAUAAAUUAAAAUAUGAGGAUUAUCCUUUAGCAUCUGAUAGCAACUAUAGAGAAGACUUAAUUGCUUUAAAAACUGGUGAUUUAAAUCUAGCUUAAGAUAGAAAAGAAAAAAUGGAAAUCUAGUAAAGACAUGAUAAGAAAAUAAGGUAAAAAAAAAAACAUUGA